CUUCCUACAGCCAUCUGCCUGAGAUAUGGGAGGGAGCUGGAGAAAGAAGGAGGGGGAGAGACUGCCAGAGAGGAAGAGAAAAGAAAGGAAGAAACACUAGAAAGAAAAGGGAAGGAAAACAGUAUAAAGCAAGGUCAAUCACCCACUCUUAAAUAACUAGCUUGGGGGGAGGGGGUGGCAAAGAGAGGGUCUUAGAGGUGUGCCCCAACACGGCUGCUUUGAACCGUUUAUCUUCAGUUCCAUUUGGUUUAUGGAGAAAAAGAAAAUGGUAACUCAGGGUAACCAGGAGCCAACAACUACUCCUGACGCAAUGGUCCAGCCUUUUACCACCAUCCCAUUCCCACCACCUCCACAGAAUGGAAUUCCCACAGAAUACGGAGUGCCACACACUCAGGACUAUGCCGGCCAGACCAGUGAGCAUAACCUGACACUCUACGGAAGCACACAAGCCCAUGGAGAGCAGAGCAGCAACUCACCCAGCAAUCAGAAUGGAGCUCUCACGCAGACAGAAGGUGGAGCACAGACAGACGGCCAACAGUCACAGACACAAAGUAGUGAAAAUUCAGAGAGUAAAUCCACCCCUAAACGGCUGCAUGUCUCUAAUAUUCCUUUCCGCUUCCGGGACCCUGAUCUCCGGCAGAUGUUUGGGCAGUUUGGCAAAAUCCUAGAUGUAGAAAUCAUCUUUAAUGAGCGUGGCUCUAAGGGAUUCGGGUUCGUAACUUUCGAGAAUAGUGCUGAUGCAGACAGGGCCAGGGAGAAAUUACACGGCACCGUGGUAGAGGGCCGUAAAAUCGAGGUGAAUAACGCUACAGCACGUGUAAUGACCAAUAAAAAGAUGGUCACACCGUAUGCAAACGGUUGGAAAUUAAGCCCAGUGGUUGGAGCUGUGUAUGGACCUGAGUUAUAUGCAGCAUCCAGCUUUCAAGCAGAUGUGUCUCUAGGCAACGAGGCUGCUGUGCCCUUGUCAGGAAGAGGGGGCAUCAACACUUACAUUCCUCUAAUCAGUCUCCCUUUAGUUCCUGGCUUCCCUUACCCAACUGCAGCCACCACGGCAGCUGCUUUUAGAGGAGCCCAUCUGAGGGGCAGAGGGCGGACAGUAUACGGUGCGGUCCGAGCGGUACCUCCAACAGCCAUCCCUGCCUACCCAGGUGUGGUUUACCAGGACGGAUUUUACGGUGCUGAACUCUAUAUAGAAUCUGCAAACUGCUUCAGAUCAAACAGGGUGGAUAUGCAGCCUACAGAUAUGCACAGCCUGCUACUGCAACCGCAGCCACAGCCGCUGCAGCCGCUUACAGCGAUGGUUACGGCAGGGUGUACACAGCCGACCCCUACCAUGCCCUUGCCCCUGCCGCCAGCUAUGGAGUUGGCGCUGUGGCGAGUUUAUACCGAGGUGGCUACAGCCGAUUUGCCCCCUACUGAAGUGACGUGAGACCCCUACAGAUGGGACAGCCCCCGUUCAUGAGGCCUGGCUAUUGCAAUAUUUACUAGUAGAGGAACUCUAUACAAGAUGAAGAGGAAAAACAAACAAACAAACAAAAACACAAAAAAAGAGAGAAUACUUUUUUAUACCUCACUAUGUUCUUUGAAUAUGUAUUUUUUCCUUUAAAUUUCAGCCUUUAAUUCUUUUGUUCCAAAGAUUGUGCGGUUUUUUUUUCUCUUUUUUUUUUUUUUUCUUUUUUUAAACUGUGGUUUGGUUAAAAAAAAAAAAAAAGACAAUGCAUUUCCACGUCUGUAUGUCCAUGCUUAGCUUAUUAUGUCAGUCACAGAAGAGGCAGCCUGUGAGGAAGUUGCUGAGAGGAGCAUCUGAUGAGAGCUCAGCAGACAGGAUCACCUCAGUAGCUGGGGCACAAGCAGGGGUAGAAAUGGCCUUUCUGCAGUAGGUUCUUCAAGGCUUCUCAAUAUCUGGUCUUUCGCAAAAGUUCUGACUGGCUGUGGCUGGAAUCCACAUGCCAUGGGUAGGAAUUUGUGCUCGCAAAGCAGGAGAACUAAAGACACUUUCCUCUCCUCUUCCCACCUGUCUUCUCCAUUCUAUUUACAAUCAUCUUACACACAGCCUGAGAUAGUUGGCAUAGCUUUUGGAAUUAUAGCGUUGAUGUUUCCAAGCAUGCUCUCAGACUGCAUGAUAGACACCUCAUUGGGAACUGACUUUGGGAUGGACUGGAGUGUGGAAACACUCGUCUCCGUUCCUUCCUACAGUUCCAGCAUUCCCUGUUAGAGGGCUUCAUCCCUUUAAUUGAUCCACCGUGCAGCUCAUCUGUUCUUGUAGGACAUGCUACUCCGUGUCCUCAAGAUUUCAGGAAUUAUGGACCCAGGGACGGAAAAAUGAAUGUGGCCAGAUUCUCCCAGGUAUCUGGGCACAGCUCCAGGAUUAAAGUACAAGUUGUUGAGAGCCAUUAAAGAGCCAGAAAAUAAAAGGAAUAUUGAGUCUGUUAUUCCAUAUGAAGAGUAGAAAGAUCUGCUGGGGAAAGAUGAGGCACCAAGCCCCUAGGUCAGCAACCCAUGCCUGGAAGUUUUGGUGGUGAGGACAUAUAAGGUCAGGCACUUUGUACUUACUCCAAAGCCAUAGGAACUCUCAUCUUCCGAGCCUCCCAUUCUACCCAGCUUCAUGUUGUCCUAAAAGACCUGGACCUCUCGGUGUAUGUCAACAAGGCGCAGGACAAGCAAUCCGAGUUUACCUUGGACGGGGUGUGAAAUGGCAAGGGUCCUCCUGCAGUGGUCACAGCAGUGAAUCUAGCUUCUUCUGUUUGGUGCUGCCAAGGUUAGAGAAAGUCUUCUCCCCCAGCUCUGAGAUGGACCUGAUAAGUAAACAUCAGACAGCAUUUCCAGAAGGAGACAUUGAAAAAUAGUGAGGGCUCCCUGAUUGGUUCACACUAGUACUAGGGGUGACCUUUCACCCAGGCGGUCGCUGCUAAAGGGUUCAGAGGCAUGGAGCUUCAGCCUUAUUUAGGGUUUGGUUUUGUUUUUUUAUUCCCUCCUCUACAUGUUUUUGACCCUGAAUUAAAGUGGCUGGAAUGACAGCACCAAGCAUUCUUUGUAAGCAGAGUGAUGUGUCUGGGGAGGACCCUGGCCUGUUGUAUGUGACACAUCCUGGCCCCACCCUCCACCCCCAGACCCUCUCUCCCCUGAUCCUAAGGAGAAUGUGGAAGCCAGAGGCCUCAAUGUAGUCAUUGGUUCUGGGGCAACAUGUAAACUAGAACAAGGCUGCCCAUCCUCUGGCUGUUAAUGGGGUCCCUUCCCACCAGCCAAAGUUUGAUUGGUUGCUGUUAAAACAAUUUUCAUUUUAUGUAUAUACAUAUUUUAGGAGAAGGGAUGGGCAGGGUAUCUUUCAGAGUUCUAGGGAAUAGGGGCAGAGAGGAAUUUUUUUUUUUUUUUGCUUGUUUUGCUUUUGUUUUGACAGAGAACUUUUACUGACUAAAGAAACAGAAAUUGUGGAUCUUGUUCAGUAGGGCCAUUCUCACAGAAUGAUAAGCCGCUUAACCAGGUGGGUACUAGCCAGUUCUUAAGUGGCUGUGUCCAUAGCAGGGGUGAGAAUAGGGAAAAGGGUUGAAGAUUUCUUCUCUUUUUCCCUACAGAGGAGCAGUGGUGGAUGCGGCAGGGGAAGGAAGGCAGCUCCUCCGCGGCCUCCAAAAGAGGCCGGCGCCAUCCUGGGCGCCUUUAUGCACUUCAGCUCAGCUGGUUCUGGCUGAGGCCUCAAGGCCAGCUCCAUGUUCCAGUGUAGUUCUGCUGCCAUUUGCAGGGAUGCUUUUCCAUGCCACUUCCUUGGCUCCUUUUCCAAGAAAGAAUAGGUAGAAUCCUGCUUUUUCUGCAGUGGUCUCUGGUUUUUAGGGCCAGCACUAAGAGCUGGGGCUCUCCCAAGUGUUUGAUGGAGCUUGGAGUCUGUCUGCAGUCAAUGCCACCAGGUUCCUCAUGGCAGUAGUGCUUGUAUAGUCGUGACCCCAGUCCUCGCUGCGUUCAGAAACUGGGCCAGAGGAGCUGGGCCUUUUGUGACUUUGUGAGAGGAUACUGGUCAAAAAUUCCAGAAAACUGGCCAAUGCUAAAUCACAGUGUAAGAAAGACCUUUUUUAGCUUUGCAGGCAUUAAUAACCUGGACUUUGGAUAAUACACUUCUUACAACCUGGACUCUUUUAAGGAGACCUCUAGUGUAAACUUUUAUCUGGGUAUCUCUCUAUCAGCCCAGAGAGCUGCUCUUAGGUCUUUUCUAGAAUUCCUGUGUUACUUAGUUCGACAAGCUUGGAUCCACCAUGUUAGUCAUCAUUCUUAAGGCUCUCAGGUUUCCCAAAAACUUCUGUCACUGUCACCCUGCAACAGCCAUGAUCUGAACUGAGCCAGUAGAUCUCCUUUCCUUGGAAAGCAGGCGGACUGGACUCAGCUCUUGGUUGAAGGGGAGCUAGUGGCUAUCUAGUAAAUAGAAAUCAAAGGUAGCAGCUUUUCCUCCAACAUGGACUCCUCAGGGGCUCAGCCGCUCUCACCUAGGUUAGGCUUUCAUCGAGGCACAGCCAGCAGUCAGUGAGCACCUCCACCCUGCAGCUAGUGCAGCUUCCAGACGCGAGGGGCUGUAAGGCCAGGGUAGAGCAACCCCAAGGACAUCAAGAGCAUGCUGCACCCCUUCUCUUGGUGGGUAAGAAAGGAUAGCCAAGGGGCAUCAGAAACACAGGACAUUUCAGGAGGGACAGGGACAACUGGCAAGCCUUCCCCUUCGGCCCAGCCAGCCUGGUUCCCCACUGCUUGCAACUCUAUUAUGCCAACAUUUUCAGUACUACAGUGUUGGGCUUUUGUUGUUGUUUGGUUUUUUUGGUUUUUUUUGGUUUUUUUUUUUUUUGCCCCUGAAUAUUCAGAGGAAAGGGACCGUGGGGGGUGGGUAAAGGGUUGUGGUGUUUUGAAAGCAUAAGUUACCUGUUUGCACUGUUUUAAGAUAGGAAAAAAUAGUGGGCAAGGUAAACAUCAGAUGUAAACGUGUGUGUUUUAUUUUGUCAUGCUCUUGAGAACGUCUGACCAUGUGUAGUAUACACCAGUGACACUUGAUUCUCUGUUGCAUAAGACACUAUUUUUUUGGAAAUGUUACUGUCCGAAAGCCUCUUCCUUCCCUUUUUCCUUUUCCUGUAUACUCCCUUCAUCCUUGCUUUACUGAUCAGCCAGGCAAUGCCGUCCCCAAGCUAGAGCGUGAAACACGACCCUUUCCAAGCAGGCUCUGGGUGUCCUACGCCAGCAUGUGCCCUCUCGCGUACUGAGUGCCCAACAGUCCCUUGGCACUUUUUGUUGGAAAUGAGGCUCACAGACCAGACAGCCGCAGGUUGUCACACUCUUCAGUGAGAAGCAUUGGGAAUGUGAGCUGGGGGACAGAGGGGAUCCCUGAAGUAUUGCAGUUGGCUGUAGUAGCCAUGUUCUUAUGCACGUUACCGAAACUGUAACCAGUUACAGUGUACUCAGGAAAACGGUAGAUCAAUUCAGCCAUGGUAGUGCUGGUUGGCAGAUAUUGGUAACUGAGAGAACCGCUCACCAGCCACAACUCAAGCUUGCCUUGAUGGAGACCGCCCGCAAGGAGUGUGGUCCUCUGUCGGGCAGUUACAUACAAGCCAGCGCAGUGAGGACUCCACUCACCCUGGCAGGCAAAAAGGGAACAGCGAUUCUCGUUUCUGUCCCCUUCCCUUGCCCCUGUUACCAGUACUAAAUUCCCAGGGGACAUGCGAGUUUUUGAACUUUUCACAAAAUGCUUUUGGUUUGGUUUUUUUCGGGGACUAUUAAGUGCUUUAAGUGAUGUCUGUACCCCAUCAGGACUCCCAGCUUAGCCCCGUUUUCCUGUAUCUUCUGUUCACAGUAUUUUUGUGUGUGUGUGUGUGCUUGUUUGACAGCUCAUUUUGGCUGUAUUAUAUAUCGAAUGAUGAAUUGAUACUCCUUUUUUCCCUAAGGGACACAAAUUGUUUUCUUGGGUUACCAUUCUGCUUGUGAAUAGCUGGAGCCAACCUGGGGCUGACGCAUACGCUAGGGCUAGGGCUGCCGAGGGAGAAGAGAGCCCACCCGCCUGAGGCCCUGGGCUUCUCGGCCUAAGUCUUUGCGAGGCUCAAAGCGCCGCAGAGCCUCUCCUCCCCCCCCCCCCCCCCCCCGUGGCAGGGACUGCUGGCCCUGCGUACACCACGCAGCUCCCCAGCCCCUCCUGUUGCCAUGCAGAACAGGUACCUUUUGGGGGGGGGGGAAUGGGGCGUCUACAGAUGCUUGUACAAUUGACAAUUGACCACCUAGCUUUGUCUCCUCCCCUCCUGGCCUCCCCCAGGAUCACCCCUAGGACACCCGAGCUGCUUGCCCAGGGUCCUGGUUCCCCGCUGACUCCAGAGAAGCAUCCCAGGGCUUUGUGACAGUCUCUGACUCCCCUCCCUCCUCGUUAAGAAUCAUAUUGUAUAGUAGCUUUCAGACCAUACAGUAUUCAUUGGGUUACUCCUAUUAUUAUCAAGUAGCUGGAAUUGUGAAGGUUGGAGUAGUUAGAUCUUUAGCUUUUAUUCCUUAUUUUUUUUUUGUAUUACUCUCCAUGUGUAUAAAUUAUUGAUCAUGUUGCUGGCUUUUAUAAACUAAGCGAAGGAGGAGCCCUGCCUCAGCCUUUGCAAGUGGUAAUGAAGCACUGUUUUUAAAUAAAAGAGACAAACACCA